AUGGUGGCAGCUGGCCUGGGUUUCAAGAAGAGGCUUACGUCCAGAGCUUCUCACUUGGAACACUGCUGCCACAGCACGUGUCAAAUCCGAUCAGUGGCAAAGGCUGCCCACUGCGCAAGCAUUGGAGUUAAUACCUUCAGAGUUUGUCCAUUUGGCUUUCCAAGCGCCGCCUGCCUUGCCCGAAGGGAAGGCCAGCAAAGUGCUGAUUUGGCCCUUCGUGGUUUGCUCAACUGCUGUUGCUGUGCUGCUGCUUCUUCUCCAGCGGAAGCGGGCACAUGCUGCAAGAUGACGUCCAAAGAAGCACCUGGCAUUGACUUCGGCUGGGUUGCGGGGACUGGGGUGGAACCAUUCUCCAUUGUGCUGAGCCUUUUCGCUUGA